AUGUCGGGCCCGCUUGCGAGUCCGCGCCUGACGCCGCCUCGUCUGCCGACACCUCCGCCGUUGCUGAUGCCACUCGUGCCGUGCCCUUUGCUUGUUAGCACACCACCUCAGCAGCCAGUAACCAAUCCAAUCUCCUUCCACGCAUGCUACAGCACCUCCCCUAUGGGACCUUCGCAUGUGGCCAGAGGGCCUUCGCCCACUCGCCGAGCGUGGUCGCCUCCACCACAGAUGCCCAGAACCCUCUCACCACCACUCAGAGUGCAGGAAUCCACCAGGCUUUGCAGCCCUCCCAGGCUUGCAGCUCAGGCUCAAGCUCAGGCUGUCCACGUGCAACAGCUCUCCCCACGGCCGCAUCCGCGCGCUCCCCAGUUGCUUCCACGCUCGGCCCAACUCCCUGAGGCCAGCCUGGCCAGCAAGGCCAGCCUCAGACCACAGACCCAGCGGAGCCCUGGCCCCCAAGUAAUCCAAAGCCAUAGCCAGACCCAGACCCAGCGGAGGCCGAUCCCACACCCAGCCGUCCAUGUUCCUCCUGCGACGGUCUUGGCCUCGCACGGUGCAAAGCCUGUCCCCAUAGGCGCACGCCCACCUGCCAGUUGGGUGCCGGCGUCGCCACGUGUCCCUGAUCCAUUCCAGAGACCCGCGUCCCCGCAUUUGGUCAACACGCAGCACUUGCCAGUGGAGUACAUCGCAUCUCCAGAGCAGAUGUACCGCAUGCUUGCUACACAAGGAAGCGCGGCACCUCCGAUAGUCUUGCAGCUUUCAGCGAGAUCCAGUCCAGAGCUCACGCCCCGGAAGCCCGCAGCCGAGAAGCUCAGCGCGAGCCCUCAGGAGGAGGAGCCCGCGGAUUCCUUGGCGAAGCAGCUGCGAGCCCUUCAAGCAGCAAAGGUUGAUGCUGCUGCCAAGCAG